GCUACGUACCUUGUUUACCACUUCUCCAGAGGUGCCAGUUUCUCAAGCUGUGACUAUAAAAUCCUGUAGCUGUCCUGGCAAAGUCAGACAUCGUCCUCCAAGGAGCCGCAGCAAUGAAGGCAAUAGUCCUUGCCGUCCUCUUCCUCUUUAUUGCAGCCAAUGAAGCCAAAGUGUACUCCAGAUGUCAACUGGUUUCAAUUCUGAGACGAAAUGGCAUGGAUGGAUAUCGUGGCUACAGCUUGGGCAACUGGAUAUGUAUGGCUUAUUAUCAGAGCAGAUACAACAGCAGAUUUGUGGGGCCACAAACUUCAAAUGGCAAUCGUCAAUAUGGGAUUUUCCAGAUAAGCAGCCGUUGGUGGUGCAACAAUUACCAGGGUCCCACAGCUAAUGGCUGUAAUAAGCCUUGCAGUGCUUUCAUAAAUGAUGACAUCACCGAUGAUAUUACUUGUGCUAAAAGAAUUGUGCGUGAUCCCAAUGGGAUGAAUGCCUGGUAUGCCUGGCAAAAAAACUGCAAAGGAAAAAAUCUGUCAAGAUGGACCAGAGGCUGCUAGCUCUGAGUUUGAUGAUCCUGCAUUUCUCUUCCUCCUUCUGUUGUGACAAUGAUAUUAUUCCUUAUAUAACCAUAUUGAGCAGUUUGAUUCCAGACCUGUACUCCACAUGUUGGGAAGAAUGAGUUUCUUUGCACACAAAACAAUGAUUUUUAAAUGAUUUCUGGGUGGAAAAGAGGGAAACAUAAUGCUUUUAAAAAAUCUUCAAAACUUGCUUC